GCAGAAUUGAGCCCAUUCCUAAUGUGGAAACAGCUUGGAAAUACUUUUUCAAUGGGUUCUCUGAAAUUAUAAACAAGCAUGCCCCAAUCCGCAAAGUCAGACUUAAAGGGUUCACUCACCUCCGUUGUGUCGGCUGGGCUCGCUACCCUGCCCUCUCCCCUCAGACCUCCUCCACGGCGUCCUCCCGGCUCUUCCCCGUGCCCAGCCAGUCAGCCUGCCACCACACUCCUACACCAACCUCCCCGGUCAGUUCCCCCCGUGUCUCCUCUCUUCCUCGGUCCCCAGUGUCCCCCGGCUCCCCAGUCUCAGACUCCGGGUUUCCCCGGCAUCCGCCUCCCUCUCACCUACACUCCCUCAACCCCUUUUUUCCUUUAA